AUGGUGUAAUAUUGGUGGAUUUGUACAGGAAUACAAAAGUCAUCGGAUAAAGGACAGCAGAGAGAAAGAAGGCUGUUAGCAAUGGAAGAGAAGAAUGUUAACUUUUCUGGAAGGGUGAAUAUUCAUAGAGGAAUUUUGGCAACAUGGUCAUCUGAGAUACUAAAUAAGAGACUGAAAGAAGAUCCCAUCAACACGCUGAAGCUGAUUACCAAGAACAUGCUUGAUGGAAUUUUUGAUGAUUUGAUGGAAAAGAAUGUGUUAAAUAAGGAUUACUUACAAAAAUUAGGGAAAGGAGUGAACCUCAUCAUGAAUGAGACUGAAAUCCUGAUUGAGGAUGUUGCUGAGAAAAGUCAAAUGGUUGGCAAAAUAGUUAUGAACCAUGUCUUCAACACCAAGAAACAGCUGUGUUCAAAUGAGUGUCUCGGGCCAAAGGGCUAGUAACUUGUAUAACCUUACGCAGUUUUUGUUGUCUUCUUCCUGCUCACAAGUGGAGAACUGUCCACAUCUCUAAUAUAUUCUUUGUCUGACUUUAUUAUUUAAUACUGCAAAAUGCCCUGACAGGCCAGAACCUGUUCCAGCAUCCCCAAUUUCUUUUAAAGUAAGCAACUGUCACCUUCAAUCAUUCCAUAACAUUUCAUUUACUUAUUCAUUAUAUCUCUCCCUGCUAAAAUGUAAGGUCCCCGUGGCAUCUAUCUCUGUCUGCUUGGUUCACGAUUACAUCUGAAGCUCAUAGAAAUGGAACAUGAAUCUCAUUCUGACAAUGAGACUAAUGAAUCUAAGAACAAUGAGUCAUUUUCUUCUUCGACAGAAUCAUCUGAAGAUGAAAGUGAAGAAAAUAGAGAUGAGGAAAAAGCUGAAUCAACCCAGGCAUUGGCUCUCCCUCAGACAGGGUCAGGAAGUGACAGUGAAGAUGAUGAAACUAAGAAGCAUGCUGGAUUGUUCCAGGUAUCACUUCUACCUUUGACAGCUCCUCAGAAAACUCAGGCUUCCCAAGCAAAUCAUGAGUUGAAGCUUUGUCCUCAUGAUCAUUUCCAUAGACUGAUGACAACAAAAGCAGAUGAGAUAUAUCCAGUGUUGGAGAAGGAGGGCAGAACAUGCUUGGCCCUCAUCAUCUGGAACAAAGAAUGUAAUUAUCUUGCCAAUCGACAUGGUUCUGAAGUUGACCUUUUGGGGAUGCAAGACCUGCUUGAAAGCCUUGGAUACUCAGUGGUUGAAAAAGUGAAUCUCACAGCUCUGGAAAUGGAAAUAGUGCUAAGGCUGUUUGCUGCCCGCCAAGAGCACCGAUCCUCAGACAGCACAAUCCUGGUGUUUAUGUCACAUGGCAUCCUGGAUGGGAUGUGUGGGGUAAAGCACAGAGAUCAAGAGCCCGAUAUUCUUCACGAUGAUACCAUCUUAAAAAUUUUCAACAAUCGCAACUGCCAGAGUCUAAGAGAAAAACCCAAGGUCAUCAUCAUGCAGGCCUGCAGAGGCAGAGGUGCUGGGACUGUUUGGGUGACUGACAUAGGAGGAGACUCUGCAUAUACAUAUGACCAUACUUAUCAGUGUUACUUCUGGAGUGAUGCUGUCACAAAGACCCAUGUGGAGAAGGACUUCAUUGCUUUCAAAUCUUCAACUCCACAUAAUAUUUCUUGGAGAAUGAACACAAAUGGCUCUCUCUUCAUUUCCCAACUUAUCUACUAUUUCAAAGAAUAUUCUUGGUGUCAUCAUUUGGAGGAGAUUUUUUGA